AUGAAUGUUGUUGAUAAUAAAGGAGCUUCGGUUGUGAAUCUUCGUCGUGUUGGAGAAAGGGGAACAUGGCAAAGAAAUGAAUGUCUGUAG